CAAUAACAAAUAGUAUUCCUACCCUCCGACUCCGAGUCUUUUCAGUCUUCAAAGCUUCAUGGCUUUAGUCUUUGACGCGGCCGCGGCUCCACAGCACCCAACUGCCGGUGAAGCUCACGAAGAAGCUUUCUCUGAGCUACACAGUGGGCGUGUCUCUGAGGGUGACUGUGACAUAUCCGAUGGACCAGAUGAUGGAUGUCAAAACGCAGAGUCAGACUCGGAAGGGUCAGUCGAAGACAACGAGGAGGACUUUUUGCGCUUUGAGGCAAUACAAAAAAUCGAACGGCUGGCAAUGACAUUUCUUGAACAGCUUGCUGGUUCACCACGAAAUGCACGAGUUGAUAGUGUAGCAUCAAACAGCAGCACUGAACCAGCUACUAACUCAAGACCUCAAUAUCCAAAAAUCGAGCUUCAGUUAGCCGACCGUCGAAAAACGUCCUCCGAACGCACCAGAGUUAUUCGAUACCCUCUGAAGCGAAAAGGAGCGAGCUUAAAACCAUUCGCGCAAAUCUUACGUGUCAUGGACUUCGCUCACCAAGCUCUAGUCGACAAUGUGCCACUAACAAAGCGGUAUCUGUCUUUUGCGAAUGGUUUGAGAAGGAACCAAGAAGAAUUUGACCGUGUUCCUAGGGACAUGUACUACAAAGACGUCCACAUCUUCAAAGCUCAGGGGACUGUUGAUCGACUGGUCGAUGAUCUUGCUGUGACAUUGGGCUUAGAGCGGGCUGACCUUAAAAUCCGCGCUGCGUCGAAGGGCCUCAUAUGCGGCACCGGACUGACAAUUCACCUGCUCGAAGGCGAAGUUAUUUCUAUCAACGACUUAGAGGGAACCCUAAUACCUACGGGUGAAUCCAUAGAGCGAUUUGAACUGAAAGGAGAUAUUUCAUGGGUUCUUGUGGUUGAAAAAGAGGCCGUCUUCCAAACACUGUGCCGUUUUCAGUUUGCAAGUCAUCGGUCGCUUCCUGGUCCCGGGCUCAUAAUCACUGGUAAGGGAUACCCUGACGUAGCUACUCGACAACUCGUGAAAACCUUGUCAGACAACCUUCCGGCGCACAUUCCAAUCGUCGCACUUGUCGAUGGCGACCCAUAUGGGCUCGACAUUCUAUCGGUGUACAAGUACGGCAGCCGCAGCCUACGACAUGAGAACAAAAAACUCGCAGCAAAACGAAUCGAAUGGCUUGGCAUCUGGGCAUCUGAAAUUGCAGACCUUGAAAUAGAUUUGGACGCACUGAUUCCGAUCACGCGACACGAUGAGAAGAAGGCGCUCGCGGUACUCAGUCGUCCCACUGACGUUUUGCCCACAAAAUGGAGGCAGGUGAAAGAGCUCACGCGGAUGCUCCACACCCGAAGGAAGGCCGAAAUAGAGAUUCUGUCGAGCUCCUCAAGUCAAAAGUCUAACUCCCUUAUACACUACUUAGCUCAUAAAAUCUGCCACUUUAUCGAAAUGUCUGCCUGA